GAAAGCGGAAAUCGACCAUUUCAUAUUUUUCAUCACUGCGUUGUUGUUCGUAUCCUGGUCAUUGGUCGAAAGCUUUUGAAGCUGAACGGCUGCAGUACAACGAAGCGCUACAUUAUUGGACAACAUGUCAUUCAGUUAUCAGACUAAAAGCUUAUAUUACGUCUUUUUCAUUCUCCAAGCCCUUUUGGCUGUCGUUUUGGCUCAAAAUGGUCAACUCGUUUUCCAAGAGGAUUUCAACACCUUAGAUCGUAAUCGCUGGCAACAUCUGAUCACUGCCUGGCGAGGGGGCAACAACGAAUUCCAGUAUUACACUAAUCGUACAGAAAACAGUUAUGUCAAAGAUGGAGUGCUUUUUAUAAAGCCGACAUUGACCGCCGAUCGUUUCGGUAACGACUUUCUUUACACGGGGACUUUGGAUUUGAAUAAGGAAGGAUGCAAUAUCAACUGGGAAAACGGAUGCUUCGCCCAGGCUGGAGCAGAAAUUAUCAAUCCAAUCCAAUCAGCGCGGAUCAUAACGAGUAAAUCAUUCAGCUUCACGUAUGGAACGGUGGAGGUCCGCGCAAAAAUGCCUCAAGGCGAUUGGAUUUGGCCAGCGAUUUGGAUGCUGCCAACGGACUCGGUCUACGGAAAUUGGCCCCGUUCUGGCGAGAUAGAUAUCGUGGAAGCUAGAGGAAACGCUGAUUUGACUUGCAAUGAUGGCCAAGGCAAGAUUGGGAAUAGCAAAAUGUACUCUACCCUGCACUGGGGUCCAGACGGAGCUAACAAUCAAUUCCAAAAGACAUCUUGGGCAAAAUUAUUAUCGAAUGGAACCUACUCAUCCGACUUUCACAUUUACCGUCUUGAAUGGCUUUCUACUGGUAUCACGUUUAAAGUAGACGGCCAGGUGGUAGGUUCUGUAUCUCCGCCAGCUGGUGGCUUCUGGCAGUUAUCCGGGCUGACUGGAACCAACCCAUGGGCUGCAGGAACAAAAAUGGCUCCCUUUGACAAAAAGUUCCACUUUAUUCUAAACGUUGCUGUUGGAGGUAAUUUCUUCCCGGAUGGCUGUGUGAAUGUUCCUUAUAACAAACCAUGGACACGAUCCAGCUCGACUCAGAUGCGUUCUUUCUGGGAAAGAAAGUGUGAAUGGUAUCCUACUUGGUACCGAACGUCUCGUGACGGUUCCGCCAUGCAAGUCGACUACAUUCGAGUUUGGAGUGCUUAACAUUAUAGCCAUUUUCGUCCGACAGUUGGCUGCUGGUCGGGGCCACCUUAUAUGAAGACGAAACUUGAAAUACAGCAGAGACAAAACCA